GUUUUGAUAAUUUGGCAUCUAAUGCAAUGCAAAUCAGUAAAAUAAUUUUUCAGAGCACAGUUUAAAUUCCUAAUUUAAUUUGUGAUGUUUUCCAUUUAGUAGCCUCACGGUGGCGCCAGUUUACCGUCAUACGACCCUCAGCUCAGAGUCCAAGUGAAGUUCACUCAAGCAGACAAGCACCGGCCCGUCAGGAGCGCGAGGGAGUGCGCUUUGGGAAAGUGGGCGCGAACCUGCGGGAGGCGUUCGCUCGCGCCGCGGAUCGGGAACAAGGAACUUCGACGCUCAGCUGCCCUGCAAGACCAAUGAACGUGAAAUACAUUAGGUUUCUUUCGCCGUAGCCAACGAAACACCUGGAGUACUCAUUGAGCUGAUUUCAAAUCAACCCAACACACCUCACCAUGCUCCUCUACUCCUGCUGUUGACCUUUGACCUCUGACAGCGAUGGCAGACCGUACGGUGGCUCCGGGUCAGAUAUACAUAGAGGUGGAGCACGACUAUGAUUACAGAUCCAAAGAGCGUGUGAUCUACAUUAAACAGGGAGAAAGUUACCUGCUUGUGAAGAAGACUAAUGAAGACUGGUGGCAGGUGCGUAAGGAUGAGGCCAGUAAGGCCUUCUAUGUUCCAGCACAGUAUGUGCGGGAGGUGCGACGGGCUCUCAUGCCUCCUCCUAAACCACUCAGUGGAGCAGGCCGAGGGGGGACCGGGCCCAUUCGACCAUCUGGCUUGGAGAUCCAGCGACCAGAUGAGAACAAAAAGAGCCUGUGUCCCUCUCCCUCCGGCAAUGCUUUACUGCCGCCCAAUGAUGACAGAGGCAGCCCAGGUAGCCCGACAGCAGCACAAAUGAACACUUUACCUGGCUCACUUCCUCGUUCCAGAGCCAAGUCCCCAAGUCGCAAUGUAGAUUGGGAGAAAGAUAAAGAUUUGGAGAAGAGCAGUCAAGGACCGGAAAAAGGUGCAAUUCAUGAAGAGUUUGCCGGAGAGGGAGUCAGCUCGGAUAAAAACCGAAAUGAUUCAGAAUCCGGGGAUGAUCUCAGCAGUGGUUCAACUGAUAACCUACAGACUUUAAGUUCAGGGCAGGGCAAGUCUGACUCUCCUGUCUACGCAAACCUGCAGGAGCUGAAGAUCUCUCAGUCCUCCAUCCCUCCACUGCCAUCCUCCUCUCCGCUCCACACCAAUGGCGACUGGGAGACUCACAAAGACCAGAAUGGCAGACAAUUCUACUACAACCGCAGCACGCAGGAGAGGACCUGGAAACCACCACGGGCACGGGACAGCCUCACCAGGAAAGAGGCAAAACAAGACAUGAAUGACAUGGAGUUUCUGUCUUCAGAUGGAAACUGUCUGAGCAGCCAGUAUGUGUCGCCCCCUAGAGGCUGGUCUGAGGAAAUCGGCAUGGACUCAGUCAUUCUCUAUGUGUCUGACUAUACUAAUGAGAAGUCUAACCACUUACCUCUGCUACCAGGAGAUGCUCACAAAACAUGUAGUCUUGACCGGAGACUGCCUGAUUUCAUUCCUUUGAGGCCGAGACACAGCGUAUAUUUACAUGAGUCCAAUGACAAGUUUAAACAGAAAUCCAUCAAGGACCGGCGAGCCUUACCCCCGCAUCGCAAAAGCACCUUCCGUUUUUAUCCUUAUAGGCCACAAGACACCAAAACAAGCUCACCUGACUCUGACUCCUCCUGUCCCUCCUCUCCCAAACACCCAAACUCUUCAUCAGAGAAAUGUGGCAAUUUAAACAUGACUAAAAUCACUGAACACGGAAAAAAGGUCCGGAAGAACUGGAUCUCCUAUUGGACAGUUUUGCAGGGUUCUUCACUACUAUUUAAUAAGGGUCAAGGGGGCGGGACUGGUUGGUUUGGAAGAGAGCAGAAACUGGAGUUCAGUGUGGAUCUCAAAGGAGGUUCAGUGGACUAUGCAUCUAAAGACAAAUCGAGCAAGAAACAUGUUCUAGAGCUGAAGACCAGGCAGGGCAUGGAGCUCCUCUUGCAGUCAGAUAACGACGGUCUCAUCAGUGAGUGGCACAAGGCUUUGACUGAAGCCAUACAAACAUAUGCAUGGGAGUCUGAUGAGGCCAUUGAAGAAGACAUGCCAGAAUCUCCUGACACUGAGAAACAUGACAAAGAAAAAGAGCAAAGAAACUCCAAGAAGGGCAGAGAUAUUAAGAAAUGCGUAAGCAUGGAUAAUGCAGAGCAGAAGAGGAAGACCAAGCUGAUUAAGUUCCUCAAAGGCAGACCCACUUUACAGUCCGUCAAAGACAAGGGCUACAUCAAAGAUCAAGUGUUUGGCUCCAGUUUGAGCAGUCUUUGUCAGAGAGAGAAUUCCACCAUCCCUCACUUUGUUUCGUUGUGCAUUGAGCAAGUGGAGAAGAACGGGUUAGGAGUGGAUGGUUUGUACAGAGUCAGUGGAAAUUUGGCCAUUAUACAAAAACUGAGAUUUGCUGUUAAUCACGAUGAGAAAGUGGAUUUAGGGGACAGUAAAUGGGAGGACAUUCACGUGACCACUGGAGCUCUGAAGAUGUUUUUCCGUGAGCUCCCAGAACCGCUGUUCCCCUACGCUUUCUUCAACAACUUCAUCACUGCUAUCAAAAUGACAGAUUAUAAGCAGAAGGUUCAAAUGGUUAAGGAUCUGAUGAAGCAACUGCCACGGCCAAACCACGACACCAUACAGGCGCUCUUCAAACACCUGAAGAAAGUGAUCCAGCAUGUCGAUGAGAAUAGGAUGACCACACACAGUGUAGCCAUUGUGUUCGGACCAACGCUCUUACGUCCAGAGGUAGAGACGGCAAAUAUGGCUGUGCACAUGGUCUACCAGAAUCAGAUCGUUGAGCUCGUUCUUAUAGAAUAUGAGACGAUAUUUGGCUGGUAGGUCACACACACAGGAACACUUUGACCAAACCCAGACGGGACAGUUACUGCUGAAGACCGAACAGCCCAUUGACUGCCAGUCUGAACACUGUUUUGAUAUGUUUACAUGAGAGGAACACCCGCAUUAAAAAGCAAAAAAAAAAAAAAAA